AUGUCGUCGGGCCAGGCCGAGGGCCCUGCGAGGACGUCGGUCAUGCAGUCGCUCGAUAUCGAUACCAGCGCGUCGUUCAGGUCGGCAAGCGACCCGCGGGAGGUUCAGGUCCGCCAGAGGUCGUCGACGACAGAGACGCCGUCGAAACAGAGUUUAUCCAGCAAGAGCCUGGCCAGAGGCACCGUCGUCAACGUGCUCAACCUGGAGGGCACGAACGACGGCGACGACGGCGAAGAGAAGAUCUCGGGGCUGGCGACGCUGAUCACUCUCAUCGGCGCCAUGAUCGGGGCUGGGAUCAUGGCGCUUCCGCAGUUGCCAGUGAAGGGAGGAUGCGUGCUCGCCAGUUUGUUGACCGUGUUUACCGGGAUCUCGACGAUCGAGGCCGGGAUCGUGUUCUUCGACACCGUGUACCGGCACAACGAGAUGGCGAAGCGCGAUACCAAUUACAAGAAGAUAAAAACGUUCGAAGAUUAUGGGCGGGAGGGCGCGGGGGCCCUGGGGUCGAUGUUUGUGCGGAUAUCGGUGACCAUUUGGUUCAUUGGGCUGUGCUCGGGCUACUUCAUCCUCCUGGCCCAGCAGAUCAAGGGCUUGGGCGAUGUGCUGUACGUCCCCGACAUCAGCUACCGUGCCUGUGUGCUGCUCGUGCUGCCCGUCCUGUGGGUGCUGUCGCUGCAGCGCGACACCGCCGCCAUCGCGAGACUCAUGCCGCUCGCAACGGCCGGAGGGGUGGUGUCCUGCCUGGUCAUCAUCACGAUGGGUAUAUGGGAUUCGUCGUGCUGGAGUCAUUGGAAGCACUCGAUUCAUACCAUAGGGCUACCAGAGGACAUGACGUUCUUGAAGGCGGCCUCCAUGUAUGCCACGCUCAACGGCGCGUACGCUGUCGUGGCCAACCUGCCGUCCGUCGCGGGCGCGAUGGCGGAGCCGGCCGAGUUCCCAUGGGUGUACAAGGCCAACAUAUCUAUUACCACGGUGUUGAAUUUGUGCGUCAUGCUUGCAGGCCACUACGGAUGGGGGAGCUUUCUGCAAGACAGCAUUGUCGAUUCUAUGAUGUACAACCCCGCUUCCUACGAGGAGAGCCUUCUGAAUCAUACCAUGUGGACUGGCCCAAAGGCGGUUAUCCUCCCACGGGUCAUGAUCCUUGCCGUGACCGUGAACAUCAUUCUCAGUUACCCUCUUUGUUUGAUGUGCGUGUUCUUGUCGGUCGAGAACACGGAAUUCGGCUUGGCGAAUUUGCCGGUCGGCUCUAAAAAAAGUUACAUCAUGCGAUCUACGACGGUAGCUCUCACAGGGGCAAUCGCGUUUUCGACGGAGAAUUUUGCUGACGUCUUUGCCCUCUUUUCCAGCGUCUGUGGCCCCGUGCAGGGCAUCUUCUUCGUGUUCCUGUUUGCUCGGAAGAUAAGGCAGCAGUCUGCAGCUCCUGAGUACGGUGUACCUCGCAAGGCCUUCCACGUUGUGCUCAUGGUCUGCGCGGUGUUUUGCAUUGUAUUUGGGCUGUACGAUUCUACCAUGAACCUCUUGAACCCUUCGCCCGCCACCAGUGAGCCACUAAGUGGUGGGACCCCAGCUCCCACUCCCAAUGUGACUGAGGCUGUGCUCCCGGGGAAGAACACGGUUCAGGCCGCCAUGGCAGUCAUCUCGCGAUUCUGA